AUGGCUCCGACAAGGCUUCAACUACAAAAUCAGUCUCAAAGAUCUAAUGAAACCUUCAAGGAAUAUGCUCAACAUUGGCGCGAGAUGGCGUCUAGGGUUCAGCCAGCAUUAUCUGACAAUGAAUUAGUAGAUAUCUUCAGGGGUACACUACAAGGGCUGUAUUUUGAGAAGAUGAUCGGCAGUUCAUCAACAAAUUUGUCUGAUAUGGUAAUCAUUGGGGAACAUGUUGAGAGUGGGCUGAAAUCAGGGAAAAUCACAUACACGACCGCACAACAGACAACCAACAAGAGGCCACAUGGGGGAUUCGCUAAAAAGAAGGAGGGGGAAGCAAACGCUAUGACGGCGAAGGCUCGCCCCCGAUAUCAAUUUUCUGAUGGCCCUUAUGAUGUAUUAUCCAUAUCCAUACGUCACCGUAGCUUAAUAUCAGCAUCCUUCAUUCUAGUACCAACCGCAGAAAGUCACAAUCCUAAUUCCACAAGCGCUUUCCAUGCAAGGUAUAUAGGGCAUUCCAUCGAGGACUGUUUGGCUCUCAAAAAGAGGAUCCAAGAGUUAAUUGAUCAAGAGAUUUUGUCUUUCUUCGAAGAAAAACCUAAUGUGAAGACUAAUCCCUUGCCAAACCACAGUGGCGCAGCAGUCAAUGCUGUGAUCAAAGAAGAGACUGUCGAAUCUAUACUAAGGGUUGAGGAACUGAAGGGUUGUGUGCAAGAACUAAUGGACCAAGGGUUAAUACAAUUCUCCAAGCCUCAAGCAGCAGAAGAGGUGACAGUAAUCGAACCAAUAAUAAUUGUGUACAGAAAAAAGAAGGUUGAAGCUCCUCCCAAGAGGAUUCAGCCAAUUCAUUUCCGUGUUCCCACUCCGUUCCCGUAUCAGAAUACUAAGGCAGUGCCUUGGAAUUAUGAGACUACAACGUAUUUGGUAGGAAAAGAAAUUCGUAUUCCUGACACAAAAAUCAUCAACAUUGCUAGAACGGGAGGCAUGACUCAAAGUGGUCGUGUAUUCGCUCCUAAUUACACUCCUAGGGUGUCUCCAACACCCACAUUUAUCCCGCCUAAGGAGAAGGUUAUUGACAACAAAGCUGCAGAAUCUGAAACAUCCAAGGGUAAAGGGCCGAUGGUUGAGAAAGAACAGAUUGAAGACCACAUGAAGAGUAUCACUUUUGAGGAAAGCCAAGAAUUCCUCAAAUUGAUCAAGAAAAGUGACUUCAAGAUUGUUGACCAGUUGAAUCAGACCCCCUCCAAAAUAUCAAUUUUAUCUUUGCUGUUGAGUUCUGAGGCUCAUCUCAAAGCAUUGCUGAAAGUUCUAAAUACCGCUCAUGUGAUGCAAGAUAUCACGGUCGAUCAAUUUGACGACGUGGUUGCCAAUAUCAUCGCCAGUAGGUAUCUGGGAUUUAAUGAAGCAGAGCUACCUCUUGAGGGAAAUGCCCACAACAAAGCACUACACAUUUCGGUCACAUGUACUGACUCUCUCUUAUCCCGAGUCCUUGCUGAUACUAGUUCUUUGCUUAAUGUACUGCCAAAAUCUACAUUGAGCCAAUUAUAG